UCACAACAAUUCUUAUCUAACUCUCCUUGUUCAUCAUCAAAUGCAGAGGCCUCAAAUCACGGAGAUACAGCUCCGAAUGGACUGUAAUGGCUGUGUGCAGAAGAUAAAGAAAGCACUCAGUGGCAUUAAUGGUAUAUAUGAUCUAUAUAUCGACUUCCCUCAGCAGAAAAUAACAGUUAUCGGAUGGGCGGAUCAAGAAAAGAUUGCCAAGGCUAUCAAGAAGACAAGGAAGACUGCCACCAUUUGUUCUCCUGCUGAGCCAGAAGAAUCUCCAUAUCAACCUCCAGAACCUGGACCUGCACCUGAUGGAUAUGCACCGGCUCCUGAUUCAGCCCAGCAACCGCCGCCGGCAGAAGUUACACCAGAUGAAAUACCGCCACAAGAAGAACCGCCAGAAGAUACAUCACCACCUGAGGCAACCAUACCAACGGACAACAAGGUAAGCCAAAAGUCAGAGAACAUCCCAGGAGCAAAAGAUGUAGGGAAGGUUCAUGCGAUACACCAAUAUCCGCCAUACUAUGGCAACAGAUUCGAUUCUGGUCACAACUACGUUGGAUGCUGGAAUAGAUACCAUAAUAGCACAAUAUAUUCACAGGAGCCAUCAUCUUCAAUGUACCUGCCACACAGCCACUGUAACGCGUAUAAGCCAUCAGCUUCUGUCACGGAAUAUGAAUAUAUCAGAUCACCACCAAGGCACCCUUAUUACAGUCGUAUGGAAUACUACAGUGGAGACUACCAAAGUGGCAAUGCAAACAUCACAUCUAUAUUUAGUGAUGAAAAUCCAAAUGCAUGUCGGAUGAUUUAA